AGUAGUGUACAUCCCCUGCACUUUACUACUUUCAAGUUUCAGGUCAUACGUAGCAAUGAUGUUGCGAUGAGAACAUCUCGGCUUCUUGCACAAGUUUCUAAUAAAUUUACAGGAAAUAAGAGUUCUAGUCCAGUAAGAAUGCGGGAACCUGGAAAUCAAAUUCCAACCUAUUCAAACCUGAACCUUGUUACACACAUCUUUUACUCAACAUGUACACUCACUCGUCCAUCAUGUACACGGACUUUUUCAUUAUGUACACGUCCCCCUCAAGGCAGGGAGACACCACGCUCACAUCACUCAAGGACUAGUCUAGUGAACCAGAUAAAUUUAUUAAAUAUUAAAUCCAGUUCUAACCAUCAUAGAAGAUCUUUUACAAAGGAAGCAGAGAUACCCCCUGAGCCAGGUCUGAACUUGUUUUACUUUAAGAAGUUCUUCAGACUCCGUGGGCUGAGCUACCAGGAGUCCCAUGCAUGUCUCCAGGUGCAGGUUCCGAAUAGAAUACUAGAAAACAGCCUGAAGCAAUCCGUUCCACCUGAGGAUAUCUCCACUAGCUUGGUGUUCGUUAAUAAGAAGACCGGAGGAUUCGUUAUUCCUAGGUUUGGAAUAACUGGGACCUGGUUAGAGUUUGAACAUCUCAUCACUACCUGGAUAAAAAAUAGAAACACCAAACGAUCUGAUCUCUCACUUCCCUAUCCUAAACUGCAGAGGAUUAAUCCAACCCUACCUCAAUCCUGUCAGAACCUUCUCCAAAACCUGAACCCUAUUCAGGAUAUUAGUUCGCAACAGUUCAAAGAGUUGUUGAGAAAUCUGAAACUUCUGAGGCGAGAUUUUGAAAUCAAAGAUUUCUCCAAGUUUGAUGCUCGAGUGAACGAAGAUCUUACUGAAAUAUAUUUUCCAAUAAGAUUUACAGAUGGAAAUAUUAUCGGACUUCGUAAAGUCCACCUGGAGGAGAAGGAGGUUGUCGAAACCCAUCUUCCGCACACCCAUCUAAACAGUAUCAUACCUUUCCUACAUGGAGUACCUCAAACUAAGAACUGUAGUUCUUGUAUUCUAGUCAGCUCCGUCCUUGACUCAGUUAUCCUCUCCAGUAGGACGGAUAUACCCGUAAUAGCGCUUCCAGACUCAAGCAACCUGUAUCCUGAUCAUAUUCCCUUCCUUGAUGAGUUCGAGACGAUCUUUAUAUGGUUAAACAAUGAUGUUCAAGGCGUGCAGAACUCAAAACUUUUCGCGCAGAAAAUCGACGAGAAAAAAUGUCGCUUGGUAUCGAGCGAAUACCCAAAUCCAUUUAAUGCCGUCAGACAGAGAGUGUGUGUAGACGAGGCAUUGAGCUCGGCCAAGAGUAUUUAUCACCAGUUCCUUACAAACUUUGAGAACCUAAGGGAUAGUGUAUACCUGGAGUUCAUCCAGUCGGACGAACUGAUGGGAACAAAGUGGAAAAGAUUCGAUCCGUUGAACUCGAUCCUUGGUGGGUUCCGUCGCGGUGAGUUAACCAUAUUCUCUGGUAGGACGGGUUCGGGGAAAACCACGUUUUUAUCCGAGUAUUCUCUUGAUCUUUGCAUGGAGGGAGUGAACACGCUGUGGUGCAGCUUCGAGGUUAAAAACACGAGGCUGUUGAAGAUGAUGCUAAAGCAGUUCAGCUUAAUCAACCUGGAUGAAGAGAUCUCAGAGUUUAACAAGGUCGGAGACAGGUUCAGCAAGCUCCCACUCUUCUUGACAGACUUCCACGGGUCCCAGGAUAUCACGAGGGUAAACGAGGCGAUGUCUCACGCUGUUUACGUACACGACAUCUCCCACGUGAUCGUGGACAACAUGCAGUUCAUGCUCGGGACAGGAGCUGGAUAUGACAGGUUCCAAGCGCAGGACUCAGCCGUUGAGCUUUUUAGACGGUUUGCGACUGCGCACAACUGUCACGUGAGCCUGGUGAUCCACCCCCGGAAGGAGGAUGAGGAGGUGCUCACCACAAACUCUAUAUUCGGCGGGGCUAAAGCUACCCAGGAGGCGGACAACGUUCUUCUGCUUCAGGAGGAACAAAGUCAACAAUCCUUUUUCAAAAAGAAAUCUGUUCAGGUUGUAAAGAACCGGUAUGCCGGUGACCUGGGUAGUAUACCUCUAACCUUCAACAAACCAACAUUAACCUUCUCCAAGAAGGUCGCCGACCAGUUCAAGCGGCAAGCUCGUCUCAAACCAACAACAUUCUUUACACAAUCUUGAAAUCAGCCUUAAUCUCAACAAAAUAGAAACAAAUAUUAAAUCAAGCUUGUGUGUAAACCAGAAAUCAUUUGAAUUGCAUUUUUUACCAUGCAUAUUAGUCCACAGGGUAGCAUUAGCACUCUUCUCCAUAUUAACUAUGAUUUUUUAUACUAUGUGCCAUUCAUGGCUUGUAAGUCAACAUGGCUGUGAGACAAAUCUUACAAUCAAAUGAAACCUUGAUACUUAUUUUCUUACAUAAAAUCGAAAGACUAGUUGUUUAACGGGUAGUAUUUUUUACAUUUCAGA